AUGUAUACGUUGGAUGAACAGCCAAUUCAUGUCCAUCAGCAAUCGCCUCAGCACUUACCACAAUACCCGCCUUCGUACUCGCCACAGCAAUUACCUCAUCACUCUCCAGAGCAAUCUUCGAGAAAACCUUCUCCUCCUCCUUUUUCAACGCAAUCUCAGCAUCUUUUAAAUGAACCUUCUUCUCUUCUAAAAGAACAACCUCUUACGGAAGCUCAAGAGAAGCAAAAGCGGAGAAGAAUGAAAGAUGCGGAAGCGCACAGAAAACAUCGAAAAGAAUUUAAGAAGAAUGAUCCAGUAGGGUACAAGGAGUUUAAUAGAAGAAGGAAUCUCGCAGCAAGAUCUAGAAAGGAAAUAUCGAAAGCUAAUUACACUGAAGAAAGGAAAACACAACUUAAAAUUGCCCAUAAAGCUUAUCAAGUUAGCUACCGUCAACGUGUGAAAGCAAAAAUAGGUUACUCUAAACCGAUUGAAUAUAGAUAUCAAUCGCUCAAAAAAUUAGUAGAACAAAAUAAAGCCACUCCGGAGCAGGUGAAUCAAUUCGAAACUCAGAGGGAAAAGAGACGUGAUACGCAUAUCUUUCUAUUUACUUUUGUGUAUUCGGGAAGACCACCAAUAACAUCCAAAAAGCAAGCACAACCUCAAAAGCUAGAGAUUGAUUUGAAUCAUCCUGCAACAGAGUGGGAUGAUGGAGAUGCUCAACAGAAGCAUACUAUUACAUCUCACUCACCUCAGCAACCAAUUCAGCGCACACCUCAGCAAUCUCCCCACCGCAUUUCUCAACGUUCACCCCAGCUCGUACCUCAGCUCACACCUCAGCAUUCUUCUCAAUUAUCCCAGCAAUCGCCCCAGAUCUCUCAUCAGCAAUCUUCUCAACGCUCUACGAUUAAGCCAAGUCUGGCUAAUGCUGCAGAAAAGAAGAAGCGUGCAAAGGAAAGAAAUGCGGAAUUGGCAAGGAAACGAUUGUUAAGAUUCAAGUUAAAUGAUCCGGAAGGUCAUAAACAGUACAAUCGAGAGAAAUACCUUAAGCAAAAACCUCGACGACAAGAACUAAAAGCUCAAUGUAGUGAAGAAAAGAAGAAAAAACUCAAAGCUAUGAAUGACUAUUACCAACUUGGCUAUCGUCAGCGUAUGAAAGCUAAAACUGGAUUCACCAAAACGGCUGACAGAAGAUACAGCUCGCUUCAGGUCUUAGUGAGCCAGGAUAAAGCAACUCCAGAGCAGAUAAAUCAUUUCGAAAUGGAGAGGGAAAAGCGACGUGAUGCAUUGUACGGUUUUGGGCACGUUGUUGUCUCGUAUUACUUGGUUAUAAUCGGAUUUCAAGUAAGCUUCGCAGGUGAUUCUGAAAAACAGAUACUAUCGCCAACGUUUGAGUCACUCAGCCUCCCGAGCCAGAAUAGCAAUAAAUGGGAGGCUCUACUUGGUGUAGCAGAGAAAGAGUCUGCAUCUUUUAAAGCAAAACGAAAGAGAAAAAGAAGAAGAUCAGAGACUGAUAGUGCCUCAUCCAAGAAGAGGUAUCAAAACUUGAAGCAAAAAGGUGGCGUGGAAUACGAAAAGAUGUUAGAACGGAAACGUCAAAAUGAACGUCAAAGGAAGAAGAAGAUUGCUUUGCAACAAACAGAAGAAGAAAGAGAGCAACAUAGACUUUCUGAAAAUCAGCGGAAUAGAAAGCUCUACGUAAAGCGAAAAGAAAGGACUGGGUAUUCCUCUAAUAAAAGGAAAAGGCUUGUCUGGAUCCGAGAGUUGAUAGAAGAAGGUAAACAUACACCGGAGCAACUUGCAGAUCUAGAGGAAGAUCAACGCAAGAGGAGGGUAAAGUAUCAAAGAGAGAAAGCUAAACGUAUUUUGAUUGGAAAACAACUGGGUAAAGCUUCUAAAGGUCAGAUAUGA